UUUAAAUUUUGUUCUUGUUUGUUUUCUGUUUUAUUUGUCAGGUGACAUGGGAUGUGCUGAAGCAGAUAAGCAGGAUAAUCACAGGAAGAUAAAGGCUAGUGAAAGGGAGAUCAUGGAAAACAAACACUGCAAAGGUGCAGAAAUAGAUGUCCUCCUGAGCAGGCUGAACCUUAAAGGUAAAUAUCAAGACAAAUUUACAUUGGCUGACUUCCUGAUCGUUGGGCCAUCCUCACCUCAGCAACUAGAGCCCAGAUCAGAGGAAGAACUUGCUCCUAUUUUUCUUCAGAGGUUAUUUGCAAUGGACUACACAGCCAGAUACAUUGUGGUCAAAGAGGAGACUAGUAAGGUGGAUAACUCAAAUGACGGCAACGAUCCUGACAACACUGAUAUAGAAGAGGAAAGCACAUUUGAUGACUUUUACAGCGAAAAGGGGAAUAUUUCAGAUGGCAUAAAGAAGCAACAUAUCCAUCCAAUGGAUGUUCAAAUGGCAAUGUUUCACUGUUCAGACAGUUUCCUUAAGCAGUACAUGGUUACUAAGUUGUCCUUGUGCCAGUAUGCCUUGCCACUGCUAGUGCCCAAUCCCCUCACCAAAGAGAUUGAAUGCCCUUUGUGGGCUUUCCGGCAGAUAAAAAAAAAAUGGAAGUCAACUACAGGCUCCGAUAUGAUCACCAGCAGAAACAUGCAUAUUUGCCAAGCAGACAACCCAAUAGUGUCAUUCUUUAGACUUGGUUCUGUGUCUUCAUCGAAGUCUCAGUUGUUGAGUAACAUGAUAAAUCAACGUUACAACACGUUCUUUCACAGGAACUGCCCAGGCAGCAUCCUAAUGGAUGGGGUCGUAGAGAUUGCCUGGUAUUGCCCUGCUGGCAAGGCCAAUGAUAAUUUCACUGACUGCGUCGCAUUUUGUAAUCUCCAUGGUGAUGCUGAAGCUUUUGAAAGGCAGCGCAAGAUUCUAAUUGAAUUGCCUCUGUCAACAUUAUUCUUUUACCAAGUCUCAGAAAAGGUGGAAAAAGUGAAGCAAUUGUGCAGGAGCUCUUCAAGUCUCCCAAACCUCUCAUAUGUCUUUUCGCUGAAGAUACUUUUGCUGCAUGGGAUGAAAGGGAAGGGAAACUACAAAAUGGGACUGAAAGGUCGAAAUCAGUCUGAUGUAGUGGAGGAACUGAAAAAUAUUAUUAGGGAGACUUUGUCUGAAUCCUCUUGCACCUUCAGACUUGAGGAUAUGAUCAAACACCCAGGAGUCAAAGUGGAUGAGAACCAAGGGGAUUGCCAGAAAGCGAAAUAUGCUGCCCUGCAGAUAAAGGAUCUGCUAGGAAUGGACUUGUCAACAAUGAAAGACAAAUUUCUGCCCUAUCAAGGAAGGCAGUGGCAUGAUUGGUGCCAAAAGAACAAAGAUCUCUAUCGCCUUAGAGAAAACCUUAGAGGAAAACUUGAGAUUGAGAAGAGUGACAUACAAAUGAAAAUGACGAAAAUUCGAAGCAAGCAACGAGAUACUGCCGUUAGUGAACCCAUGGAGUUAUUCAUCAGUCAUUUGCGAUCUAUGACAGGGAAAGAUCAAAUAUUUUUCCUGAAAUGGGUAGAGAUUGUAAUGGAUGACCUCUCAUCAGGUAUGCUUUCAGACAUUCAUCAGAAAUAUGAUGAGAAGUGGUCUGAUGUUUUGGCUUUGAAGAAGAGACAUGAUAAAUCAGAUCAACUGAAAAAAAAACAAAUGGAGUUAGAAGGAUUAUCAGAAAAGCUGCAAGCAGCAACCUUAGGUCUUGAGCAUGUGUUGAGGGAAAUGGGCCAGAUCUACGAAGCCCAUGCAUCUUGCCUCGGGGUCAGCAAUUUCUCUUACCUUCCUGAGAUGGCUGCAGAACUGAUGAUAUCAGGACACCCAAUGGAGCUGAUGGAUGGAGAUGCAGCUCAUGUGCCAUUAACAUGGAUCAAUGCAGUCCUUGAUGAGGUCAUAAAGAAACUGGGAGACCAGAGGGUCUUUGUUUUGUCAGUUUUGGGCAUUCAAAGCACUGGGAAAUCUACAAUGCUGAAUGCCAUGUUUGGACUCCAAUUUGCAGUAAGUGCUGGCAGGUGUACAAGAGGAGCUUUCAUGCAGUUGGUGAAAGUGAGCAAGUACAUGAAAGAGAAUUUGGACUAUGUUCUUGUCAUUGACACUGAGGGACUUCGGGCUCUGGAGUUGGUAGGGAAGGCAACACUCCACCAUGACAAUGAGCUGGCAACAUUUGUCAUUGGCCUAGGAAACAUGACAUUAAUCAACAUCUUUGGAGAGAAUCCUGCUGAGAUGCAAGACAUCAUUCAGAUAGCUGUUCAGGCCUUCAUGAGGAUGAAGCAGGUCAGCCUUACUCCAAGUUGUGUGUUUGUGCAUCAGAAUGUUGGGGACAUAGCAGCUGGAGAGAAGAACAUGGAGGGCAAGCGAAGGCUACAAGACAAACUGGACGAAAUGACCCAGUUAGCUGCAAAAGAAGAAGUGUGCAAUGCAGAGUGUUUCAGUGAUGUCAUUGCAUUUGACAUACAAAGAGAUGUGAAAUACUUUUCCCAGUUGUGGGAGGGCAGCCCACCCAUGGCCCCACCAAACCCAUGCUACAGUGAGAACGUCCAGGAGCUGAAGAGAAUUAUUUUCUCCAAAACUUCAAAAUCAAAUGGCAUGAGGCUGUCACAGUUUAAAUCCAGCAUCCAGGACCUGUGGAAUGCAUUGCUCAAUGAAAAGUUUGUUUUCAGCUUCAAAAACACACAUGAAAUUGCAGUGCACAGGAAGCUGGAGGUUGAGUAUGAGAAAUGGACCUGGGAUCUCAGGAGUGCCAUGUUGACCAUUGAGAACACACUGCGCAAUCGAAUUGAAAAUACAAAACUGAACCAGGUUGAAGAAAAGGACAUUGUUGCUGGAAUGGAAGAUAAGCGCAAAGAACUAUACAAGGCUAUAGAAAAAUACUUUGAUGAAGACAAAGACCGAGAGAUCCUAAUACAAUGGAAAGGGAAAUUUGAAUGCAAUAUCAAAGGGCUCAUCGAAAACCUUGUUAAAGAAACAACGCGAAAGUUGAUGGAGGUUAUACAGCAGAAGGAAGCUUUGAAGAAGCUGGGUGAAAAGAGCACACUGUACGAAGACGAGCUCUUUAAAAAGAGUAAAAAUCUUGCACUAGACCUGAAACACAAGAUCAAGGAUGAAAAUGAGCUUACGACAGAAUUUGAUUCGGUAUGGAAGAAUUGGGUGUCUGAGUUGACCAAAAACACUUCACCUAUCCAAGACAUUGACAUGUCAAGGGAAGUGCCCAAAAUCCUCACUGAAAUCUAUGAGUUUUCCUUUGUACAUGAUCGGAGAGAUUGUGGAGAAUUCACUAAUAUUAGCUUGUUAGGGGAUUAUUCCAACUACUUGAAGAUUACCAAGCUGUGGAACGUGUUCGACAAAGUAGUUAGACAGUACAUUUUAACACCAGAAGAUCACAAAGAUGUUAGAGGUUUGGUCCAGAGAAUCAUCACCCAAACAGAGCACAUAAUUGGGAGCAAACCCAUUGCAAGAAUGGGCUACAGUAACACUUACAUGCAAGAAAUAGCACGCCAUGUCAAAGAACAAGUUAUGGAAUUCCAAUCACGUGUCAAAAAAUAUGUGUUCAAAAAGGAGUUCAUAGUGGAUCUCUCACUCUUUGUGUGUGAACGCUCAGCGACUACAUUCACUCAACUCCACAGGGAAUUCAGAAAUGCAAAUGAUGCACUUGUUCACCUUCAGGGAAGGAAACCACAGUACUACAAUGUUUUCAAGAACUAUCUACAAGGUGCAACAUCCACGGCUGUGAUUGGUGACUUCAUUUGUAGUAAACUGAAGCCAUCAAUAAAGCAAGCCAUCUAUGACCAGGCUGCCAUUGAUUUGGCUGGAGAGAUGAGGGUUGGUUUACCAGCCUUCAAAGGGAACAGGUCGAACUUAGAGAAACACAUUUUGAAUUCACUCGCUGCGGAGGAUUCAUUUGACAAGUUCAUUACCUACAUUUACGAACCCAGACAGCACUUUGAGGGAUUCAUUUCAGAUACUGUUGAGAAGUAUAUCAGCACGCAAAAUAAUCCCAGGGUCGUUAACAUGAUCAGGGAGAAUAUAAAACAUAAGGAACAGUGUGUAAUACUUGCAAUGCAAUCUGCAACUGAAGAAGUCAAGGAGUGCAAUGGAGACAUCCAAAUGUGGCUAAAGCAUGUGUCUAAUAAGAUCACUGAUGAACUGGAAUUCUCUGACAAUUACCCCAAUGGUGUUGUCAGUGAGGAAAUCACUGGCUUUGAUUUUCUUGAGGAAGUGGUUAAGAAAGGUCUUACAACUGUCAUUGAAGAGCUAAGAGAAAGCUUAAGCAGUUCAACUCUCCUCAAAAUGGAGUUGUUCCGGGAGAAGCCUGAUGAGAUUCUGAUCAAGCAUCUCUGUAAUUGCUGCUGGGAAACGUGUCCCUUCUGUGGAGCGAUCUGUACCAACACCAUAGCGGGGCAUUCUACUGAUCACAGUGUCCCUUUCCAUCGCACCAAAGGAGUAAACGGUUGGUAUUAUAGAGGCACAGAGGACAUUGUUGUUGAUUUUUGCACCACUUUAGUGGCAAGUGAUAGGAGCUUCCACCCUAAAGCAGAUUCUGAGGACACAACACUCUACAAAAACUACAAAACAGCUGGUCCAAAAUAUGCUGAUUGGAGUAUCACCCCAGACCUCUCUACACUGCCAUACUGGAAGUGGUUUGUUUUCCGAUUUCAAAGUGACCUGGAGAAGCACUACAACAAAAAAUUCCAAGGCUAUGGUAAAAUUCCUAGUGACUGGCAGACGUACACACAAAAGCAAGCUAUUGACAGUCUAGCGGAAUACAUUUAAAUAAUAUGUUUAGUCUUUGGCUAAAUUUAAGGCUCAAAGGCCACAUUAAAAGCCAUAAGAUGAGCAUGAUUUUUAUAACAUUGCUGCGAACUGAACCCAUUCAAUCAGCAUAACGAGAACACCAUUUGAUUUUGUUAGAGAAAUAUAAUAUAAAUAGCAGAGGUAACAGAGAAGUCAAAGACAUUCAAAAUUUAACAAACAACUAUGUCGGACAUCAAAAGCUGACACCCUGUAACCCAGUCCUCACAAUKAACAAAUAAUUGAUACAAUUUCACAUGCACCCCAAUCCAGUAAAACAGGACUGAAGAGGCUGAGGAACCACUGAGCAAAGGCUUUCAUUCUCUUAUAGAAACAGUUCCUUAAACUGUGCACUCCUGUGCGCGCACCUCUGAAUACAUCUGAAAUAGGCCUAACUGAGUUCCUUUCACUUUUGGUUAAGUGCCAAAUCCAUGCAGUUGAACUCUCCAGGGUUUAUAAUUGUAUUUAUUUUAUUUGUUCGUCCAAUAUCCAACCACACAAAAAUCAAUAAUGGAAAUUAAAUGGAUCUUUGAUUGGAGAAAUUAAAUGGGAGCUCAAACUCGCUAAAAUGGACCACAAGUCUCUGCCCUAUCCUUGUCCUCUUACCGGGACACCUGCUCCAAGUAUCACCUCCUACCUUAACCAGUGCAUUACUAAAUAGGCAACCUGCUGUAACAUUUAGCUAUUUUAUGUUUGUUCCUUAUCUCAUAAAAUGUAUAUUGUUAGUCAUAGGUGACAUGUGUGCCAUUUGUGUACUGUUUCCUGUGUGUUGGAUAUCCAGUUGUAUGAAGGCAAAAUGAUGCUUGCGUGGCUCUGCAUAAUGUCCCGUUGUGCUAGAGUACCUGCCUGUACAACAAUAAACUGUAGAUAAGUGCCAGUUUAACUACGUGGUUCAGUAAGUAUUUCUUGCCAUACAUGGGAUGCUAGCUGUAGCUCAAGCUAGCCUACAAUCAAGCUAAUAGCUCAGCCAAACUCUACAGCACAACCACGACAAUCUAGAACUGAACAAUUAUGUCAUAUGUGCAGUUACUCUCUAUUCAAAUGUUGUUUCGCAUAUGAUUUUGACUUGAAAGAAAAGAGAGACCUGCAUGCAAACUGCUAUUGCCAGUACCACUGUUCUGUAUUAAGCUUGCGUAUCAUUCAUCAGAGCUUUUGUGUUUGUAAUUUGCACUGUAGAUGUUACUCCACCCACAUCAGUGCAUGUGCAUUAAAUGGGGUUGGAGUCAAAGAAAAUUAAAAUGUGUUACCAAAUAUA